UUGUCAAUUCUUCAUUAGCCGCAAUCCCACUUUUUUGUUAAGCUGUUACUUCUUCAUCUUUUUAACUUCUCUAUUGUAAAUUCAACUCAAAGUUCUUAGCUUUUUUUUGUAGUUCUUACACAAAUACCAAACUUCCCACUUGUGAUUUACCAACAGAAGAGUAUCAGAUUUCUGGUCCUUGGUGCCAUAUUGUUGAUGCUAUUCUGAAAGCAAUAGUGGGGUGUUGAGAGGUUUUGUGUUGUUGGUUUUCUUGGUGAUGUGGGAUGUGCUUUUGUGAUAUGGGAAGAUGGGUUUUUUGUCUGAGCCAUUAAGAAUCUGAUACUUUGUUUGGAUUUGUGAGAGGAACAAAAAUGAAGAAUUUUCCUGGGACUCCUGGGACUUUGACUGGGCUUCUUCUCAGGAUUUUACAAUGCGUCUUUGCUGCUGCCUCUAUUGCUUCCAUGGCCACCACCUCCAGCUUCUUCAAUUUCACAGCUUUCUGCUACCUGAUUGCUUCAAUGGGUCUGCAAGUGAUUUGGAGUUUUGUUCUGGCAUUGUUAGAUGCAUAUUCCUUGAUGAAAAAGAAGGCCCUCCACAACCCUGUAUUGGUCAGCCUCUUUGUAGUUGGAGACUGGGUUACAGCAACACUGUCUCUUGCAGCUGCUUCUGCUUCAGCUGGAAUAACUGUCUUAUACUUUAGUGACUUGAGCCACUGCAGUUUUGGAGAGGAAUGCCAAAAAUACCAGAUGGCAGUUGCUUUUGCUUACCUGAGUUGGGUAACAAUUGCAAUUUCUUCUCUAAUCAUGCUCUGGCUAUUGGCGGCAGGUUAGAGAUUUUGCUUGUAUAGGCCAUUGGAUUGGAUGGAUUCAUCUCAUUGUACCAUUUCUCUGUCAUAUAUAUUUCUUUUCUUUUUCAUUUUUUACAAGAGAAACACAAUUUUGCAAUGUCAAUAGUCAAUACUCAAUAGAAAAGGAAACAAACAGGAUAACAGUACAAUACUCAAAAAAUUACUCUCGUUACCUUGUCUUUUGUUUGGAUGGAGUGGGAUUAGAAUUGGGAAAUGGUUGUAUCAACAACGGAAACAUAUGUGUACUUGCAGACUUGAAUUAUUAGGAAAAAGAAUCAAUUCUAGUUAGAAUAUGUCCAAAUUUAUGAAGAUACCAAUUGGUUAGUGGCUGAAGAAGCUCAAACUCCAAGCAAAGUGCUGUCUAUAAUUUGUGUGGCUGAGUUGGAGACAGCCUAGGCUUUACUGUAUGCUUUUGUUAUAUUAAAAACUGGGGAGAACUGUGUAUGGUCUACAAUGAUUUUGUAUAUGUACAACAACUAAAAUUCUGUAUUGUUGAGCUUUCUAUUUAGUUUAUGAUAUUUCCUUGAUA